AUGAUAUUCUUUUCUUUUUUCAAAACCCUCGUGGGCAAAGAGGUCAUUGUCGAGCUUAAAAAUGACUUAUGCAUACAUGGGACUCUUCAUUCCGUAGAUCAGUAUCAUAACUUCCGGCUCACUGACAUAUCAGUUACUGAUCCCGAAAAGCACCCCUACACGUUAUCUGUUAGGAAUUGUUUCAUAAGAGGAUCUAUCGUCCGCUAUGUUCAGUUGCCUGCUGAUGAUUGCGAUGUUUAUGAACUUCAAAACGCUUCAAGAAAAGAAGCUACAAUGAACAAACAACAGCAGCAACAACAAUCCACGCAGUAG